CAUGCGCAUCCAGACGGUCUCGGGUCCGUCUCGCGCAUCACGUACUCCAACACCCAGCGCACCAACGUCGGUCAGAACUACGACCUUGCCAAGACUAUCUCAACGGGCAAGCCCACGCGCAACGUCCCGAUCACCAAGGUGACGUUAGAUACAAUCGCGGGCUCCGUCUCUGCCAAGACCACCAACACGUAUUACAUUUUGCCAGCAACUCGAUGUUCAGCUCAGGUCACCGGCGGGAAGCAGUCGACCACGUAG